CGGGUAACUACCCCGACCUUCAUCAAUCGGCACCGAUCAUGUUAUUCGGGCUCACGGCGAAGAUGACAGGCUGGUCUUUCCGUACCUUCCUCUUUGAUGGCUCGCUCGAAAGGCGAGGCGGGGCAGCUGCAUAGCUUCCCUUUCCCCGCGGGGUACAUCUAGACCCCUGCCAUGCCUACGCCAUUGACUACGCGUGUAAAUUCAAAUCUCUAUCGCCCGUUUUCUCCAUCAACUGAUUUGACAUUGACCUAAUCUAUCUCAAAUCCCUUGUCCUCAUUCGCAAUGUCAGCCGCCCAAGCACUCCGCGAAAAGCAAGCUCCAAUUAAAGAGGGCUACCGUACCGACCCAUCCUCCGCUAUCGUGACCCUGAAAUCCACGGGCUCUCUCGACGCGUCCUCAAUCACAUGCAAACUCUCCACCGGUGCGGCAGUCAAAGAAGCCUCUCGAGUCGCCGGCCUGCACCCCAAAGCCGGCGGUGACGACUUCUCCAUCUCGGGUGAAUUGUGCUCAGGUGACAUGCUACUCGACGCGCUGGUCGCCUGCUCGGGCGUCACGCUCAAAGCCGUUGCGACUGCACUGGGGCUGCCGGUGCAGUCUGGCACGGUGACUGCCGAGGGCGAUCUGGACUUCAAGGGCACGAUGGGGGUGGAUCGGGCGGCGCCGGUAGGCAUCACUGGGAUUCGGUUGCAGUUCAAUAUCAAGUUCGGGACGAAGGAGGAUGGUUCUGAGGUCAAUGAGGAUGAACUUGAGAAACUGGGGAAGUUGACGGAGAGGUAUUGUGUUGUGCUGCAGACGCUGGUUAAGAAGCCGACGAUUGGUGUUGUGAUGAUCGGGAGUGGGAAGCAGGAAGAUGGGGUUGAAAAAGAGAUUAUGCACGGGAGUAAAUAUUAAGAGAAGCAGAACGGAAUGGUAUUGCAGAACUACUUCAAAACGCAGAACAAUCCUCUAAACACAUGUAAUACUCUAAACAGUUGAUGACACGCUUUUGGAUUUAAAAUCCGAGCGUUAGUUAUAUGACAGAAAUGAAGGAGGAUGGUUACAUACCUAAACAGUCUUCUAAACAUGGGUAGUCGUCUAAACAGUCUACAAUGCACUUUUGGCUCUAAUACAUUACUGUUAGAUAUGAA